AGUGCAGUCAAUAAAAUGAAUCCAUACUUGUGGGUGUCAAGUCUUUUUCUACCGCUAGAUGUCGGUGGCUCCCGUGUUGUGGCUGCUGGGUUGGCAGGGGGGGCUGGAUGUGCACUGUUGAAGACUCCUGAGGGGGUGCAGCUGGGUAUGUGUGUGCUUGUGAGUGUGUUGGAGACUCGUCGAUCAGCAGGGGGGCUCGAAAACUUCACCGCUUCCAGCGAAGGGGAUCACCUUUCGGAGAUUUGCCGACUAGGAGCCGAGCCGGCCGCUUUACAGUCCAGCUGUGACCGUCAGAGAGAAGGACCGGUCCGGUUCUCAGCGUUGGAACCAUUUCCGGCCAACAUGGAUGAUUUAGAUGCUUUGUUGGCGGACCUUGAGUCCACAACAUCCCACAUUUCCAAGCGCCCACUUUUCUUGUCUGACGAGACUGCCUACUCCUUCCCCGUCGGGGGUCAGACCCAAGAAGACAUCUUCUCUCCACAUCAAAUUCCCCCUGAGCAAACUCUUAAUGGACUAGAUGAAACAGAGUCCGCCAGCUCAGCUCAGAGAAGUCCCUGGUCUAGAGAAAGCAGCAGUCCAAGCCAACCCAUUGGUGAAGAGGACCACGUAUACAGUUUCCCUAAUAAGCAGAAGAGUAGUGAGUCUACAUCAGCUGUUGCCAUGAACUCAUCAUUCGGCAGCAACCUGUCUGAGCUGGACCGCCUGCUACUGGAGCUCAACGCUGUCCAGCAGAGCACCCCUGCCUUCCCUACAGAAGAAGCGGCUCCACCACUGCCAUCAAGCGCCACCAUCCACCAUAUCCAAGAGAAUGGAGUCGCCACUGCAGGGAAAGCCACUCCACCUAAACUGGAGAAGCCCAAACGUGCUGCAGCUACUCGAGGAAUAGAGGAUGUGCGACCAAGUGUAGAGAGCCUUCUAGAUGAGCUGGAAAGCUCUGUGCCAAAACCCAUUCCCACACUUUUGGUGGUGUCAGAUGAACAAACAGAUGCACAAGAGGAAACGCUGUCACAACAGCAGGCCAGGAUGUCCGCCUCCUCCGCCACAAGAGAACUGGAUGAGCUUAUGGCCUCCCUGUCUGACUUUAAAGUUCAAAGCAAUAUCCAGUCGCAGGGAAAAACUUCUCCCACUGCUCCACCAAAACCAGCCAACAAGCUGGACAACAUGCUGGGAAGCCUGCAGUCCGACCUCAACAAACUCGGAGUCCAGACGUUGGCUAAGGGCGUCUGUGGUGCCUGCAAGAAACCGAUUGCUGGACAGGUGGUGACUGCCAUGGGCAGAACGUGGCACCCAGAGCACUUUGUGUGCACCCACUGUCAGGAGGAGAUAGGCUCCAGGAGCUUCUUUGAGCGUGACGGGCAGCCUUACUGCGAGAAAGACUACCACGGCCUGUUCUCACCGCGAUGCCAUUACUGUAACGGACCCAUACUGGAUAAAGUAGUGACAGCAUUGAACAAGACUUGGCAUCCGGAGCACUUUUUCUGCGCCCAGUGUGGAGCCUUUUUUGGACCAGAAGGUUUCCAUGAGAAGGAUGGAAAGGCAUUCUGCAGAAAAGACUACUUUGACAUGUUUGCCCCUAAAUGUGGUGGUUGUGCUCGUGCCAUCCUUGAGAACUACAUCUCCGCUCUCAAUUCACUCUGGCAUCCUGAGUGCUUUGUCUGCAGGGAGUGCUUCACACCAUUCAUAAACGGCAGCUUCUUUGACCACGACGGGCAGCCAUAUUGCGAGGCUCAUUACCACGAGCGGCGCGGCUCUUUGUGCUCUGGCUGCCAGAAACCCAUCACGGGUCGCUGCAUCACAGCCAUGGGCAAGAAGUUCCACCCAGAGCACUUUGUUUGUGCUUUCUGCCUCAAGCAGCUUAACAAGGGUACCUUCAAAGAGCAGAAUGACAAGCCCUACUGCCACGGCUGCUUUGUCAAACUCUUCAGUUAGACUGCAUGUCUGCUGUAAGUGCAAAUGUGUGUAAGUCUACAUGCACAUGUGGAUAUAUGAGCACUCACAUGUCUAGGUGCAAAUAUGAGUCAGUGAUUUCUCAGACAGAAUUUUUAAUCACAUCAUAAGAGUGGAAAAUAUCUCUCCUAGCUUUGACACUGAAAGGACUUCUCAGGAUGUCCAAACUUUUACACUUUUACUAAAGAUGUUUUAAACAGAGCCCAAAGAGAUUUUUAUUUAGACUUUUACUUCCCUCGUGCAAAAGGAACAAGACAGAAAGAUGUUGCUUUCCCAUGUUUGUGUACAUAAGAGGUUUUGAUUUGUGAAUGAUUUUAUUCCCACGUCGCAGGGCAAGCCCUUGCAUUUUAAGGUGGUGAACCUAUGUUGACAUAGAAUUAUGCAGAUCUGAGACAGCUGCCUGAUUGCAUGGACCAUUGAGAGUUACGUUACGCAGUUUUAAAGUAACGAGUGUUGAAUGUGCAGUGCUUCGGGGGGGAAAAUAGAUGUAUUUUUCUAGCUUUGGAAACUUUUAAUGUGCCAUUUAAGAUAAUAACAUGAUAUGCACAUGCACACCAACAUGCAUCCUGUUCACUUCUUUAACAUGUUAGUUCAAUGUCUUUGCACACUUUUAAAACAGGAGAUCUCUUGACGAGACCAUUUUAAGGUGUAUUUUAGAAUUUAGCGCCAUCAAGAUGAUCCUUUCUUUAAUACAGGUUUCCUGUAAAGAAAAAAAAAACAAAGUCGUGUUUUCUCUGUUUCAGCAAA